UUUAUAGCGAGGUCACAUCCGCGCUUGGGCGUCUAGGGAUACAAGAGAUUUCCCAGCAGACAAUCUUUAUAGUUACCGUCCUGCUGUUUCCCAGCAUCAUAAAUAAUCCAAUGUUCAUUUAUUUCAUCUAUAAAAACUCUAUAAUUUUUUUAAUGCUCAUUGUAAUCAAAAUGCCCGGAAAUGCCAAGCCGAAGACUAAAAUCGAAGCUUAAAGUUAAACAAGCUAGCGUGUGGCGACAAAAAGUUUCACUAUGUUGAAGAUUAACUUCAGAAGAGAAAAGAAAGAAGAGUUUAGGCACAUAGCUCAUGGUUUGAUCCCUGCAGCUUCUGUUGCCCCCAAGCCAGCAGUACCUCGUACCCCUCCUCCUCGCAACCCAAACCCCUUAGCAGAGCGACCCAGGUCAGCCUUGGCAGCGGCCAUUUUCUCCUCCUCUCUGACGGGUCAGACGUGGGCCAUCCCUCCGGUCCGGCCCAGAUCUUAUUCUGACAAUGACCAGUCAGAGUCCAUGGUAUCUGGGCCAAACUUUAACACGACACAUUACAUGAGCUCGACUUCAAGCGCCCUCAGAGACAGAUGGUCGGAGGAUUUAGCCGACCGGCCACGCCUGUCCUCUCCUGAGCACUCAGACGAGGAGUUUAUGGAGGAGGAGGAUGAAGACGAUGAGGAUCAUGUCUACCAAAGCCUAGAGAGACAUGCUAACAUGAAGGAAUCGGAAAACGUUCCUGAGGAGCCGUUAGAGAGUCUGUCUGGUACCCCUCUGCCUGCUCAGAUGUCCGGAAGAGAAGCUGCCUCCCCAGAUUUCACCCGGGGAUCGGGAAGCCGGUCUCCUGGAGCCACGGGGGAGAGAGCAUCUGUCAAGAGGAGCCCUGAAAAUUGGAAGGAGGACGUGUCAUCUCUACCUCCCAUCCCCGCCGCCAGUCCCUCCAGCUGCUCCCGAGGAGCCGGCAGCACUUCUCCAGAGCUCAGCAAGAUUUACAGCAAAGUCCAGAAACCCAGGAAACCCAGGAGAGCCGGUGAACACCAGCAGCACCAGGAGAGACACCAACGUUUGGAACAGGAGACCCGCCUCCGCCAUAACUCCUCCCACCCGGGAUCUUCUGCAGGCAGCAAGGCGGAGCUGCAGAGUCUCAGACGGCACGCUCAGGAGCUGGUGGAUGAAAACGACGCCCUGAAACUGACAGUUCAUCGUCUGAACUCGGAGCUCAGCCGCUACCAAGCUCACUCCAGACCGCCGUCCAAAGAGGAGGUUGACAUGAAGCGUUUCCACUCUUCGCUGUUGGCUUAUGAAGACAGGAUGAAGGAAAAAGACGAACUUCUGCGAAACACUGAGGAGGAGGUGAAGAAACUACGUCUUCGCGUGGAAGAAUUGAUGAAAGAAAAGGAAAAACUCAGCGGUGAAAGUGGCAGCAUGAGCGGGUACAGCCAGAAGGACAGUCAGCAAAUCCACCAGCAGGCCCUCUUGGUUUUGCAGGAGAACCAGGAUCUUCUUGAUCAGAUCGAAGCUCAGCAUGUUGAGGCCAAAGCCAAUCAAAGCAAACACCAGUCUGAAGUGACAAGGUUAUCCAAGCAGCUGAUGCUGCUGGAGGCAGAGAAGCAGCGCCUGGAGGAGGAGCUGCAGGAGAGCAGGAGGGAGGCUCAGAAACAAGCAAAGGAGGUUCAGGCUCUGCAGAAAUGCCUGAAGGACGCCGUCACCUGGGACGAACACUGCCACAUCGCAGGGAAGCUCAGAAGGCAGCUGGAGCAGCAGGAGAGCAGGAACAAAGAGGAACUGGAGGAAUUGUUUCAGAGAGUCUCCAGUCUCCAGGAGGAGAAGCGGCGUCUGGCGCAGGACAACCUCAGCCUGACCGCCGACGUGAAGACGAUGAGGGCGGAGCUGGAUCUCUGCAGACAAGCCAACAGGAAGGCUGAAAGAAAGAUGAGCGUCCUGAAGAAGCAGAAAGACGAGUCCCUGUUAAAGGAGGAAAAGAUCCGGCUUCACCUGGAGGCUCUCAUGUCUGUCGCAGAGCACAUCUCCAAGCAAAGAGACCAGCUGUUGCACACGGCUUUCUGGGACAAAAUACGAGUGUUACAAAACAAAUCAAUGAUGGCAGAAGUUGCGCUGCAACGGGGGAUACACAUUCUGGCCUCAACUCUUCACCAGGAAAAGCAGGGAUUCAUGGACAGCAUCCUGAACACCACACUCCGAUUUGGAAAGUUACAAGAAGAAACCAAAGUGUACCGGAGGCACGCGGCGUCCAGGCUGGCGCAGCUGGAGGAGUCACUGGAGGGGACGAAAGCCGCGCACCGGAGGGAGAUCCUUCACCUGCAGAGGCUGCUGAGCGGAAGACAGGAGGCUGAGGAGAAACUGCUGCAGUCCAAACGGGAGGUGGAGGAGGAGCUGGAGAUGCUGUGGCAGGCAGCAACAAGGGAGAACCGGGUGAUGAGGGAGACUCUGGUGGAGUCAGAAACCACCAGGGACCUUCAAGGUUGGACGCUUUGCGACGGCGCCUCUCCUGGCUGCCCCUCCCCUGCUCCAGACGAGGGACCUCCAUCCUCUCAACAUCCAGCCAAGCACGGUCUGGACUUUUACUGCUGAGACCACAUCAGCUCAAAAUCAGGAAGAACUUAGUGUGUUUAUUAAAACUUCGGUGAAACCAC